UUUGGCGGCGGCAGUCGGGCGGCGGAGGCGGCCCCCGGCUCCCGCGGCUGGGAUGGAGCAGAAGCGCGCCGGGCGCCGGAGGAUACGCAGCUGACGGAGCCGCGCGGCGCUCGCCUCUCUUCCCCUCCCGCCGCCCGAGCCGCCCCGGCCGCCCGGCUCCCACAGUAGCCAACCGGGCAGAGGAGGAGCCGCCCGCGCCCGGUGCGCUCUGUCAGUCCUGGCAAACUCUCCUGCCGCCCGCGCCGGGUUUGGCACUAAGCACCACGGUACCAUGGUCCGCAAGACGCUCUUCGCUCUCUUCAUCGUCACAGCAGGACUAAGGGUACAGCGUGUGUCUGCAUCAACAGUCUUGCCUGUUUUUCUUCCCACAAAGAUCACCCCUGCAACGGCCGUCUGGACCAGCACUCCGCAAAGCCCUCCUGCCUCCCCUACCAGUGGCACGCCCAGCACCUCGGUCCUCCCGAUUAUAGCAUCGGCCCCGACAUCUCCACCCACUAAGAACGUCUCUGUAGAGGCCGGAGCAGAGGAGGAGCCCACGAGUCCAGCCUCCCAGUCGGCAGGCACAGAGACAGUCCCCUCAUCAACAAGCGGUGGGCUCCAUUUAACACCCACGCCGGAGGAACACAGCCCGGUCACGCCCGAGGCCAGCGUGCCAGCUACAGGGUCGCAACCCCAGGCCGAGUCUCCCGCACUCACCUCCCCUCAAGCGCCAACCUCAUCACCCUCGCCUCCAUCAACCUCACCGGAGGUUCCUUCUGCCUCCAUCAGCACCAGUAACAGCUCUACAGAAACCAGCACCAAGCCCACAGGAGCCCCGACCACCCCGAAGUCCCCAGAGGAGGAGCACAGCUCUGGACAGACACCCACUUCACAUGCCACAGCCACGCCGAUGCCCACAGAGACCACGUCCCAAGCAGCUGUGCCCCCCAAAGGGACCCCUAUGCUGAUAGACACAGAGACCACCGCUGCCUCCCCCCGGGUGAUCAUGCAGGAAGUGGAGCAUGCACUAAGCUCAGGCAGCAUCGCCGCCAUCACAGUGACAGUCAUUGCCGUGGUCUUGCUGGUGUUUGGAGUUGCAGCCUAUCUGAAGAUCAGGCACUCCUCCUACGGACGGCUCCUGGAUGAUCACGACUACGGCUCCUGGGGAAACUACAACAACCCGCUGUACGACGACUCCUAACGAAGGCACGUGGCCGAAUGAGGAAUAACUGUCUUUAUUUAUCAGUGCUUAUCCAGUAGAAUUAAUAACACGUACCUGAUGCCCAUC